GACAAUUAAACAACAUGAAUGGAGCUCUGUUCAUUAAUGAACUUGACUGUCAUUCUCUUCUCAUAUCACUCUGUGCUGAUGGAGCGAAAAGAGCCAAAACCACGCCACUGCGUGGAGAAGCCCAUCUCCAUCUGCUUCCAGAGGUUCGGCCGCUUCGUGGGAAGCCAUCCCUGGUGGUUCUUCAUCUCUCCUCUGUUUAUCUCUGCCGUGUUAGGCAGUGGAUUUUAUUUCUUACAGGAUCGCGAGGCAAAUGACAUCGAGGACCAGUUCACACCAGUGAACGGUCCUGCCAAACUGGAGAGGCAGUUCGUGCAGGAGAACUUUCCUCUGAACGACUCUGUGUUCUCCAACCAAAGAGUGUAUACGGAUGGAGUUUACGCUUCUUUUAUUGCCGUCUCAACGUCCUCCAACAUCCUCGUGGAUUCUGCUUUUCAGGAGAUUGUCACUUUGGACAGGAAAGUCAGGGAACUGAAUGUGUCCAUGGGUCACGAGGUGCUCACUUUUGAGGAGCUUUGCGCACGAAGGUACAAGAAGUGUGUACCCAAUAAGAUACUCGAUAUUUAUCGAUAUUACGGGAAAAAGGUGGAAAAGACCGAGCUCACCUUUCCGUUUUUUCGUUUUGGGUUCUCUCACAUUUUUCUGGGCUAUUCUGUUGGUGGAAUAAAUGUUAAUUCUUCUAUUAUUAAAAGUGCCAAGUCGGUGCGCCUCUUUUAUUUCCUCAAGGAUCACAAUCGCUCCAGAACAGAUUUAUGGCUGAACGAAUUCCUCAGGGUAUUUUCUUCCAAUUUAUCACUAAACUGCAUUAAGGUGACCCACUCCACAUCUUUGUCAAGGCAGGUGGAAUUUGAAGCAAACACAAAGGAUGUUAUUCCACUCUUCUCUAUCACAUAUGUCAUUGCCAUUGCAUUCUCCAUUCUCUCUUGUUUAAGGUUUGAUUGUGUCAGGAACAAAGUAUGGGUGGCAACGUUUGGAGUUUUCUCUGCCGGACUAGCUGUUCUUUCCUCUUUUGGGAUAAUGUUACACAUUGGAGUCCCAUUUGUCAUGACAGUAGCUAAUUCACCUUUCUUGAUAUUGGGUAUCGGAGUGGACGACAUGUUCAUCCUCAUCUCCUGUUGGCAGCAGACGAACGUGCACGAUCGAGUGGAGACCCGCCUGGCGAACACAUACAAAGAGGCGGCCAUCUCGAUCACCAUCACCACGCUCACAGAUGUCCUCGCCUUCUACAUCGGCCUCAUGACGCCCUUCCGUUCGGUUCGCUCCUUCUGCUUGUACACCAGCACCUCCAUCCUUUUCUGCUACAUCUACAGCAUCACGUUCUUUGGUGCGUUUCUCGUUCUCAACGGGAGGCGCGAGAACAGAAACAAGCACUGGCUGACUUGCACGAAAGUACUGAAGGAGUGUCCCGUGGGUAAGUCGAAAUUGUACGAGCUGUGUUGCGUGGGCGGAGCUUACGACCCACAUACCGGCACAGAGGAGGUGCAACCCAUGAAUCACUUCUUCAAAAAGUACUACGGCCCUUUCCUGACUAAAUCGUGGACUAAGGUCUUUGUGAUUCUGUUGUACUGCAUCUACUUGAUUGUUAGCAUUUACGGCUGCUUUCAGAUUCAGGAGGGGAUUGAUCUUCGUAAUUUGGCGGCCGACGAUUCUUACGUAGUGAGGUACUACGAUGACGAGAAAGCGUAUUUCUCCGAAUACGGCCCCAAUAUCAUGGUCGUCAUUCGACGAGAAUUUCCAUAUUGGGAUGAAAAGUACAUGUCAGAUCUGGAAACUUGCAUUGAAGAUUUUAAGAAUUUGUCUUUUAUCGAAAAGGAUAUAUUUACAUCUUGGAUUAAAUCGUACAAGUACUAUGGCCAUCACACCAAACUCGAUCUGAGUGCGGAGAACGUUUUCAAAGACAAUUUAGGAACAUUUCUCCGAUUUUUUUCAGACUUCAAACAGGAUGUCAAUUUCACCAACAACUCCAUCCAUGCCUCUCGGUUCUUCAUACAGACGGUAAACAUCUCCACAGCCUUGGAUGAGAUGAACAUGUUGAACAAGCUAAGAGAGACAGCACAGAAGUGUCCGGUUCCCUUACUAGUGUACCACCCAGCAUUCAUCUACCAUGACCAGUAUGCAGUUAUAGUCAGCAACACGAUUCAGAACAUUGGCGUUACAACAGCCGUGAUGUUGAUCAUCUCUCUCCUGCUCAUCCCAAACCCCCUGUGCUCCCUUUGGGUGACUUUUUCAAUCGCAUCUGUCAUCGUUGGGGUCACUGGGUUCAUGGCAUUGUGGGAUGUUCAUUUAGACACCAUCUCUAUGAUCAUUCUUGUCGUCUGCAUUGGUUUUUCUGUGGAUUUCUCUGCUCACAUAUCAUACGCCUUUGUCUCCAAUAAGAAGCCCAGCGCGAAUGAAAAAGCAGUAGAAGCCCUUUUUCAUUUAGGUUACCCUAUUUUGCAAGGGGCAGUGUCGACUAUUCUUGGGGUGGUUGUGUUGUCUGCAUCAAAGAAUUACAUCUUCAGAACAUUCUUUAAAAUCAUGUUCCUGGUGAUCUCCUUUGGACUCAUCCACGGUUUGACCUUCAUCCCAGUUUUCCUGACCUUCUUUGACAUGUGUAGCGGCACACCGGCUAAAAUCAACAAUAAAAAUAAAGCAGAGGAAGAGGUCAUGAAGAACAGCCAUACCAAUAAUAUUCAUCCAAAAACUAAAGAUGGUGAGAUUAAAGAGCUAAACAUUCAUGACAAUCACACUUUUCAACCCAGCGACCAUCAGGUUUGUCAAACUCAACCCUGCUCUGCCGUUUGGAUGAUAACCGGCAAUAAUGGUCACGUUCAAGAUGAUCGGAUGUGCAUGGCGAGCACUGUCCCGAUGUUCAGAGUGGACAUGCAGACUUAUGACGUUCACAUGUAUACGGCCUCCGAUGAUAAAAGGUUUCAAGUGAACGGUCACUCCAAACAAGGCUCUGAAGAUCAGAAUUGUGUUUUUGGAAAUAGGAACCACAUUCAAGAUACACAUGUUCCCACUUAGAAUUGUUCAAUUGUGGACACUUUGUGA